AUGUGGAAUGAAAAAGAAAAUUUUAAAAUGUCAAAGUUUACAUUUGAACUAACAAAUCACAUUACUAAGCAACAAGCAAUGCCGAAUAAAAUGCGUGUCAAAGUUAUUGAAGCACAGCGACUUAGUGGUGAUCAUUUAGUAAAUCAACCAUAUGUUGUACUGGAAAUAAAUGAACCGGCUCAAAAAUUUCAAACAAAACCUGGACUUAGUAUUAGUCCACAUUGGGAAGAGUCAUUUGAUUUUGAUUUAACAGCAGCAUCCGAAGAGAUUCUAUUUGAAAUAUACGAUGGUGGUAGUAGUAAUAUUUCUACCGGACAUGUCGGAUAUUCUGGACAAAAUGAACUUGAAAAUGAUCGAUUUUUGGGGCUUGCAAUUGUUGGCUUGGAAGAAGUACGACAUUCGAAUGCUAACACUUCGCAUA